CGCGCACUUCAAAACAAUAAUAUGAUCGUUUUGUGUUAUUUUUAACAACACGAACGUUUUGGCCCUGGUGUAGAAAUGACCCACCGAGCAGAACUUAUUACCUUGGCCAUCAAGGAAGAUCUUGAUGGCCUCCUUGACUUUAUGAAAAAUCGAAAGCUUGAAGACAAAGAUUUGUUUGACACGCUGGCCUCAUGCAGCAAGAGACAGCUUGACGACUUGUGGGAUGGAGUCCAAAAGAUGUCGCUAGUAACGCUGCUGUGUAUGGAUGCAAAUGACAAAGGGGAGAGUCUGGAGAAGUGUUUGACUGUACUGAAUGCUGUUCUAAAUCUUGCCGUGUGCACCCUCGAUCAGGAUGGACACUACAUACCCAGUGGCAUGUUCGAGGCAGUUGUUCUUCUACACGGCAUUCUAAUGUCGCUGCCCGAGGAUGAGGACACAUUAAAGAACAAUAUGAGCAAGUUCUUCGAGAGAUGGUGGAGUCUAAACCUAAAAGGGCGGGAGGAACUUGCCAUUCAGACGCUAACCUACCUGCUGGAAAGAUCCGUCAAGCUGGACACCGUGUCGGCGAGUCACUUGAAGCGUGUGUGGGACAUGCGAGAUAUUCUGACGGUGAUCCACCUGGACGACAACAGUAGUGAUCACUUGAAGGAACUCAUUCAGAAGUGUUUCCGAAAAUCUGAGUACAUGAAAGUCCCAGUGGGACGUCGUUUUCUUUCGUUUGUUUUCACACUGAACACCGACUUUGUGGAGAAUUGUCACCAGACGGUUAAAAACAUUCUGCCGUUCUCUCCAAAGUCGUGGUGGAACAAAUAUGGAGAGAUUUACUUUCAGGCUUGGCAGAGAACAUCUGGAACCUUGAGAGAGAAAAUCGAACAACAUUGCAUACAAGACUUGAUGUCGCACGCUAUACAUGCCCAAAGAAAUGGAUCAAAACCUAUGUCAUCUAUCUUACUAUGGGUUCUUGGCUACAUCCACAAACAGAAGCGAUUGAAGGGCGUUGACGAAAUGUUACUGCGACUCUACGGUCCCAUCCUCUGGAGGUCUCUUAAUGUAGCCAAUCCGACAGUACGAGCGAAUGCUGUAGUGUUACUCUGUGAUGUGUUUCCACUGACCAACCCCGAAGCUAAUUCGGUUGAUGACGACGCACUGUUACAGAAACAGUUGGACCAUCUACGGACGUUGCUGUUUGACCCGAGUCACACGGUGCGUAUAGUGGUGAUCCAGGGCGUGUGUCGCAUCAUGUCUCUCUACUGGGAGCUGAUCCCCGCGAUGGUCAUCAAGGCGUUCAUCACACCGCUGGUCCAGGAACUCGCACAUGACGCCAGCAGUGCCGAGGUCAGACAUGCGGUCUUCAAGUCUCUCACUGCCUUGAUGGACAACCAUCUCUGUCACCCGAUGAUGAAGACCAUCCUCCCACGACUUGGCGAACACAUCUUUGACAUUUCCGAGAUGGUGCGAGUCGCCUUCAUGAACUUGUUGCUUCGAGUGCAGAAUAUCAGGACCAUUAAGCUUCUGGCGAUUGUUCCAAUCGAGAACCUGCUGUCGAGACUGGAGAGUGACACGCCCCCGGUGUGUCGGCGAAUCGUGAAGCUGCUCUACUCCAGCUACAUCGUGUUCAGCCAGCCUCUGGAUGAACAGAUAUCCCGCAUCAUUCAGAUGAUAGAAGUUAAUCCGUGCGCGACGCGUGUCUUCUUCCUCUACGCUGUCAAACUGAUGACCCUCCAAGAAACAGUGAAUUACAUGACCACACUGUGUCGGUUUGUGCUGGUGGUUGUGAUGAAAGCGAAUCGUAAUAACCAUGAUGUUACCUUUGAUGAACACGGCUUGCCGACUCUUGAUGACGAUGGCUUGCCGACACUUGAUGAAGACCAGGUUGAUGUGAGGUCCGAUGAAGAUGGGGACGGCGAAAUAACCAUGAAGGACGAGACCAUUCUGAUAAAGAUUUUGGACGGUUUGGUCAUAAUGUGGACCUCUGUGUCAGAUGAACUCUUCAAACGUCAAAAUUGUGACUUGCGUCGAGACCUACAAAAGAAGAUGAGUAUCGCUGUUCCGCAGAUGCUGAAAGCCUUUCAGAUGCCUCAGGCGUAUACUGCGAUUGUCAUGCUGGCUGCAAAUGUGUCGGCGGGCCAAGUUCCCAUGUUGAGUUCCAGUUUUAUGUCGAAGCUGCGUAAAGUGGACGCUGAUGCGAGUAUUGACGACUAUGGUGUCUUACUGGAGGCGAUGUGCAAGUGGGGCAAGGCCGCCGAGGUCUUGGAGCAGAUUUCUGAUUGGCUAAAGUCAGAGGUCACGGGCAGCACCGCUUCUCUACCUACUGCGUCUAAAAAGGGAAAGACUAUGAAGAAAACAGUGUGUUUUGUUGAUCCCAUCAACCCGAAACCCAAGUUGGCGGUGAACUUCUUACUCUAUAUGUUACGCAACCCGAUCUGUCAGCAGAUAUUACUGUCCACACGCAAAGAGGAACUGGCAGAGAUUAGAGUCAUACUAGCUGAUGUACAGAAAGUAAUUGAUGGUAUUGUUGCCGGUGAGGAUAGGCCUGACGCGGGUGUUGAUCCUGAGUUCCUCGAAUGGGCUUUUUCUGCAUAUCUUAGUCUCCUGGUUCUUCUCAACGAUGCGAACGAGGACAACUCUAAUUCAGUGACGACCCUAAAAGAGCUGGUGAUGUGGGCUGAUUCCGCACUCGUACCGGCGCUGACCGUGAAAUCUGAGCAGUCAGAGGGUCAGAGACAGAAGAAAAAACUAUACAACACGACUCUCGGCAUGUCCAUGUUGGCGCCGGAUGAGACGCUGUCAGAAACGCUCCUGCAGCCCACGAAGAAGCUGUACAGUGCGACGUCAGGGAUGUCGCUGCUGAUGUCGCAGGUCGAGGACGGUUCUAAUGAGAAGAGCGAAUCUGUGACAGAGAUGUCCAUGUAUGCAGGGGCCGCGACCCGAGGUCAAGGUCAGAAGAGGUCAACGUCUGAUGAUAGGGUGGGCCUGGCCCAAAUAAUACUCACGAAACUACUGAAGUUCUGCAACAGUGCCCUACUGGUUGGCAUCGGGGACAUGCAGCUGACGAACAGCCUGUGUAACCUGUGCACCGGAUGUCUGGAGGCAGACGGAAACCUCGAAAUGCUUGAGAAGGUUAUCGGCUGUCUGUGUCAGGUUGUGGAGUACCGACACGCGAACCAUUACGAAACUCACGAUGAUGUUGACGUCAGUGUACCGCACUGCAUGGGCAAGGUCUUCAACGUGAUGGCCACGUACCUCAAGUCACACAAGUCAACUUACGAACAGGUGUUUUCUGAUGUGCGGAACGUUUUAUCUGAAAUGUUUACGACCGUGAUCCAACACCGUGUCACCGAGGGCCAGAUCCACAAGGAGCUAAUGGCGAGAACAGUGGCCACGAUAUUAGCGGAACAUGCUCACACCAGUAGAGAGGAUGAUCUAGGUGAAGUAAAAAGUGGCAUUGCUGCAUUACCUCCCUUGUCCUCUCUGAUCCUAACAAUCCUACAUUCGAAAGUAUCCAGUCGAGAAGCGUUUGUCCAGGAGAUGUCGUGUUUUCUUAAGUCUGCCCCGUUCACCGACCGCCACAUGGUGCAUGGCUGUGUCCACCUCAUCCACACAUUGCAAAAAACCAAGUUCUGUGGUGCAGUUUUAUUGGAAUGUUUGGACUUGUUGAAGCCAGUGUUGGCAAAUUUGGAGAUGGAGGAAGGUGAUACAGAUCAACCAUCAGACAUUACAAGAGAUGAACAGCUGUUAAAAGUUGGGAGCUGUGAACAAGACUGAUAAAUGAUCGACAGCUGAUUACUGGAAUUAUAUAUUCACACUGGAUGCCGGACUUGUAUAUACACAAAGCAUCUUCUUAUGACAUCCUCUGGACACUUUUAUGACAUCCUCUGGACACCAUUAACUAAAACAUUUCAUCAUCAUCCUAUUGUGACAUCAUGCCCAAACUUUGCUACAGCACCUGUUCUUGUUGAACAAAGUUCAGGGUGUUUUGCAUCUAAAACAUUUCAUCAUCAUCCUAUUGUGACAUCAUGCCCAAACUUUGCUACAGCACCUGUUCUUGUUGAACAAAGUUCAGGGUGUUUUGCAUCUAAAACAUUUCAUCAUCAUCCUAUUGUGACAUCAUGCCCAAACUUUGUUACAGCACCUGUUCUUGUUGAACAAAGUUCAGGGUGUUUUGCAUCUGAAACAUUUCAUCAUCCUAUUGUGACAUCAUGCCCAAACUUUGCUACAGCAUCUGUUCUUGUUGAACAAAGUUCAGGGUGUUUUGCAUCUGAAAAGGUUGCUAGAUAAUCUUGGAUUAUAAAUGCAUUAAAAAAAAAAAAAAAAUCCUACGCCUAUUGGAUGAUCUGAUUUUUUUUGCAUUUAAGGCCAUUAUAAAUUUAAUCCUAAAUUUUCAUCCUCGUCCCCUCCGAUAAAGCCUGCCCCUCCCCCCUCCAUUUUUGUAAUGGCAGAGAACAAAUUUGAUUGCUUGGUGUUUGGUAUACGUAUUUUCAAUGUCUUGAAAUAUAAAAUAUUAAAAUUGUACUCCUUUAGGAAAAAAAUUAAUAUUGGAUGAAAAUGUAGCAUUCAGUUUUUAAUGGCCUAAAUUUUGUCUACUGAAUUUCUUAUUUAUUGCACAUGAAAAAUAUAUAAUAAUAGUAAAUAAAUUUUAAAUUG